GGAGGUUUUAUAUCAUAAGGGUUGGAGUGGAAGACCUAUCCGAAAGACAGCUCUGUCUAAAAGCUCCACAAUGCUCACAUUGCAAGUCAUCAUUUGGGUUCUAGCUCUUUCAAUUCUGCCAUUUGUCUGCACCAUAUGGCUUCUGAGAAAGGUGUUACGCCGCCGUCGGCCGCCGCUCGCGCCGCCCGGCCGACACGUCGCCUUCUUCCAUCCAUACUGCAAUGCUGGCGGCGGCGGCGAGCGCGUGCUGUGGACUGCCAUCUGCGCCCUGGCGGAGAGGUACCCGCAUCACGCGCUCACCGUGUACACGGGUGACGCCGAGCCGGACGACGUGAUCGUGCAGAGGGCGCUGACGCGGUUCGGCCUCCACCUGCCGCCCGCCGUGCGCUUCGUGCGCCUGCGAUCCCGCUGGCUGCUGGAGCCGACCCUGUACCCGGUGCUGACGCUGCUCGGCCAGGCGCUUGGCUCGGUGCUGGUCGGGCUGGAGGCGCUGCUCCGUUUUCUGCCUGACGUGUACAUCGACUCGAUGGGGUACGGCUUCACGCUGCCCGUGUUCGGCGCGCUGGGCGGCUGCCGGGUGGCCUGCUACGUGCACUACCCCACCAUCAGCGACGACAUGCUGCAGGCCGUCACCAGCGGCCAGCGGGCGUUCAACAACCGCGCCCAGUACGCCCGACGCGCCAGCCUGCGCCGGCUCAAGCUCUACUACUACCGGCUCUUCGCGCUAGCGUACCGGAUAGUGGGCCGGGCGGCGCACGUGGUGCUCGUCAACAGCUCAUGGACACGUGGCCACGUGGAGGCCGUGUGGCGGCGGCCGGAGCGGGUGCGCACCGUGUACCCACCCUGUGACCUGGGCCGGCUGCGUCAGGUGCCGCUGGCCGGGCCGCGCACUCGCAGUGUCCUCUCGGUGGCGCAGUUCCGGCCUGAGAAGGACCACAUGCUGCAGCUGCUGAGUUUCGCCCUGCUGAUGAAGCAGUACGCGUCAGAGAUGACUGAUCUCAAACUGCUGCUUGUGGGCGGCUGUCGCGACGCCGGCGACAAAGCUCGCGUCGAGGCGUUGAAGGAGAGCGCCCGUGAGCUCGGCAUCCUUGACCAGGUGGAGUUCCACAUCAACGUCAGCUUUGACGAGCUCCUGGAGCUAUACGGCCGAGCAUUGGUUGGCAUCCACACCAUGAAGAACGAGCACUUCGGCAUCGGCAUCGUGGAGAUGAUGGCGGCCGGCGUGGUGGUGGUGGCUCACUGCUCGGGCGGCCCUCUGCUGGACAUUGUGGACACGAGCGAGGCGGGCCGCACCGGCUACCUGGCGGCCACCGAGGAGCAGUACGCCCGCUGCGUGCACCAGAUCGUGACCGCCGACGAGCACCAGCUGAUGGGCAUUCGAACGCGGGCCAGGCAGUCGUGCGCGCGGUUCGGCCAGAAGCCGUUCGAGGAGGGCUUCCUGCGCGGAUGCCAGAAGCUGCUGGAGCCGUAAGUCAGCCGGAGUGUGCAGAGCCAGGCGGCUGGCGGGUGUCGCGGCGUCGGGACGACCUGCCGCCGCCACCCAGCAGCGCCGCGCCGGCGGCCGCGGCCGGCCGUCUGCCGUCCCGCUCUACCCGACGGCGUGGCGAGACCGAGGUCAAGGUCAGGUGUCGUGGUGGUCAGACGGGCCGCUCUGCUGCGACCGCGGAAUGCGACCCCAGCGAGCGCCCGGUCGCCGUCCGUUCCCGGCACGGCCGUACAGUCUCGGCUGCGCCUCCAGUGAGGCGGCGGCCCGGCUGGCGUGUCACGUGCUGACAGAAGGCUGCUGGUACCUCAGCGGCGGACGUGCUGCACACUUCGCACACAAUACAAGGCGACUCAAUGCCGACAAAGUGUAAUAUGUUGCGUGACCAAUACGUUGAUACUGACGCCGUGGCCGCGGCCGGUACCGCAGCGGGGGCACACUCGGGCUUUGUUAUGACUGGGUCGGUGCUGGACCGGUUUGCUGUUGUCUCUGGGCGGCAAUCUCCGGAUACCUUUUCGCCAGGGGCACUGUGAUCGUACGUAUUUUUGUGUGAUGGGGCAAUGAUGGGGCUGCUUUUGUGCAUCGUGAAUACACAUGUGUAGUUGGUCUGUUUGUCCGUUCGACCAUUGUUUUUAUUAAGUGCUUCCCAAUGGAAAUAUACUUAUUUUGUUCACCCCGUU